AUCAUAUCUUUUACCGUAUCUUUUACCAACUGGAUAUAAAAGCAAGAUUGACGGAAUUGCUUGCAGACUAUUUCUCGGCAUUUUAAACAUUCCUAUUCGCGUUAAAAAAAAAGACGGUAUUUUUUCUGUGUAUAUUAAUAUAUUAUAUUAGUAAUAUUCUUUCUCUCUUCUGUAUGUAAAAAUACUAUGUUAAUCACGAGGAUUAAAAAAUAUAUAACCAUGCAAUCCAUAAGGCAGAAGUUCCUCAAUAUUAUAAGAGAAUCAGAUAAGAAGAGAUUCUUGAGUACCCAGCAAGUGAUUGACCGCGACAACAAGUACGGCGGUAUACACUUCAAACCGCUACCGGUUGUCCUAACCCGUGGAGAAGGAGUCUAUCUGUGGGACAACAAUGGAAAGCGUUACCUUGAUUUUUUAGCGGGAUUCUCGACCGUCAAUCAGGGCCACUGUCAUCCACGACUAGUGAAAGUCAUGAGAGAACAAGCUGGAAAGCUGGCGCAUACAUCAAGAGCAUUCUAUACGGAACCUCAUGGAGAAUUAGGAGAAUAUCUGACAAAACUUCUCGGAUGGGAUCGGUUUUUACCUAUGAAUACAGGUGUCGAAGGUGGCGAUACAGCCAUAAAAUUGGCCAGACGCUGGGGCUACAGAGUAAAGAAAAUAGCGAGCAACAAGGCUACCGUUGUGUUUGCUAACGGAAAUUUUUGGGGCCGUUCAUUAGCGGCUCUGUCGGCCUCGUCGGAUCCAAACUGCUACACUGAUUUCGGUCCUUACGUACCCCUUUUCGAGAAAGUGCCAUACAACGAUCCGAUCGUUUUGGAGAAAAAAUUCGAAGAGAAUCCUAAUAUCUGUGCGUUCAUGGUAGAACCUAUUCAGGGAGAAGCCGGUGUAGUGGUGCCAAAUGAUGGCUAUUUAAAACGUGUAAGAGAACUGUGCACAAAAUACAAUGUUUUAUGGAUCGCCGAUGAGGUGCAGACUGGCCUCUGCAGAACUGGUACGCGUAUGGCAAUCGAUUACGAAGACUGUAGACCGGAUAUUCUUAUUUUGGGGAAAGCACUUUCUGGUGGCAUGUACCCGGUUUCCGGCGUUCUGGCAGAUGAUGAGAUAAUGCUCUGUCUGGAGACAGGUUCGCAUGGAAGUACCUUCGGUGGUAGUCCGCUCGGAAAUAAGGUUGCCCUGGAGGCGGUUAAAAUCUUGGAAGAAGAGAAUUUGGCGGAGAAUGCAAAAAAACUUGGGUAUAUUUUGAAAGAAGAAUUAAAUAAACUGCCAAAGAACAUCGCGACAGAAUUUCGUGGACGUGGUCUUUUGGCUGGCCUAGUCAUCAACAAAGAAUUUGCUGAUGGUUGGGAUAUCUGUCUGAAGCUGCGAGAUGCUGGAUUGUUGACAAGACCUGCACACGGUCAAAUUAUUAGGAUAUCGCCACCAUUAACAAUCACAGAAGAGCAACUGCGAGAAGGCAUAAAUAUUCUAAUUACAAUCUUACAAAGUUACAAGAAUUAAAAAUGUUACAUGAUAAACAUUUUUACAAUGAGUACAAAGAAUACAUAUUUUUGUUUUGGCAUUAUUUUAUUUACGCCCAAAAAAGGCGUAUAUCAAAUUUCAGAUCUUAAAUUCCUUUAUACUUCAAUAUAACAUGAAAAUAAUAAUUAAUAAAAUUAAAAUAAUACACAAAUAUAGACAAAAGAAAAUUUUUUUUUGCAAUUAUAAAAUGUGCCUUUAAAAGUAGCCAAUUCAGUCUUAAGAACGAAUACAUUUAUUAAGUUAUUAGAACCAAAAGUUACACGAAAUGUUAAGCUUAUAAUACAUUUAAAU